UAUCCAUCCACUUAUUCUUCUACGUUCCAUGAAUAAAAUUUCAUUUCCGUUCCUUCGCAGAAUGACUACCACGAGUUGAUGACGGUGACAGGGUAUCGUCACAAAGAGUUUUAUCGCUCGUACAUGGGCAACGCGUUCGGCGCCACGUCAGGUCGUCUGGCCUUCAUGUUGGGGGUGACGGGGCCGAAUAUUGCGAGUGAGUCGGGCUGCUCAUCCUCAAUGGUGUCCCUGGGGCUGGCUUGCAAAAGCUUGCGAAAUCAGGAGACGAACCUGUCCCUCGUGUGCGGCAUGAACCUCCUCCUCCACCCAUUCUCCUUCGAGAGCAUGAAACCCGUCCUCGCCCUGGACGGCCGCUGCAAAACCUUUGACGAGAGUGCUGAUGGCUACGCACGCGCGGAAGGGAUCGCCGUCGUGGUGCUGAAACGAGUGUCUGACGCUGUUCGGGACGGAGACAGGAUUUACAGCCUGAUUCGCGGCUAUGGGGAGGCACAAGAGGGUCCCUCCAAGAGCAUGGGCACCCCCACCGUCGAGUGCGAAGCCCUUGCCAUUAACUUGGCUCUGGAGGAUGCGGGUGUGGAGCCUGGAGACGUGGAGUACGUGGAGGCGCACGGGACGGGGACGGAGGUUGGCGAUCCUACGGAAAUGGAAGCCAUUGCGAGGGCUUACUCGCGAGGGAGGAAGCAGCCGCUGGUCGUGGGGUCCGUGAAAACUGUGACGGGACACAGUGAGAGUUGUUCGGGUUUGACUGGUUUGAUGAAGACGGUGUUGGCUCUUGAGAAGGAGGAGAUCCCACCGCACAUCAACCUCCAAAAGCUGAACCCACGGAUUAAUCUGGACAAAAUUCCGGCUGAAAUCCCAGUUGAGGGGCGGCCUUGGAAGAAAUACGCUGCUCCCGAGACGAGAAGGAGGACUGCUGGCGUCAGUUCGCACGGAAUUACAGGGACGGAUACGCAUCUCAUCGUUGAGGAGGCACCAAGUCCACACACUGCCCCCAAAUUUGUCCUUCCCUUGAAGAGAUCCAGGGAGAUCUUGACGCUGUCUGCAAAGUCUGCGGAUGCAUUGGAUGACAUGGUUCAGAAUUAUAUUCACUUUUUCAAACAAAAUCCGACGGUGGAACUGAGCAACGUUUGUUUCACGGCGAAUACGGGUCGGGCGCAUUUGGGUCACAGGGUCGCCGUUGUGGGCGAAAGUGUGGAGGACAUUGUGAAGAAGCUCGAGAAGAAAUCCUACUUGCAAAGUCCAACGGUGACGGGAGGGAGUGGGCCGAAAGUGGGAUUUCUUUUCACUGGACAUGGGUCACACUAUCACGGAAUGGGACAAGGCUUGUACGAGACCAACCCCGUUUUCCGUCACCAUUUUGACACAUGCAACGCCAUCUUCAAGUCAGAGUGCGGUUUGGACGUUCGCAAAUUCAUGUGGGGCUCAGACCCAAAUCCGCAACUUUCGCACACCACCAACAGCCAACCAGCCAUUUUCACAGUGGAGUAUGCCCUCUUGAAGAUGUGGGAGUCUUGGGGUGUCCGACCAGACCUCGUCCUGGGUCACAGUCUGGGAGAGGUUUGCUCGGCUUUGGCUGCAGGGGCGUGGAGUGUGGACCAAGCAGCCAGGUUUGUGGUGGGGCGAGCCAAGGCCUUCGGACUGGCUGCUGAAGGGAGGAUGUUGGCAGUGAAAGCAGGCCAAGGUCAAGUGGUGGACAUGAUUGAGAGAGUUGGGGAGGAGGCGGGGCCAGAUUUCUGGAUCGAUGUGGCCACAAUUAACUCACGAGACCAGACUGUAGUGUCAGGGAGGGAAACCAGUGUUCGAGCCUUGGCAUCCUAUUGCAGAAGGAGGGACAUCAAGACGCACAUGGUUGACGCUGCACACGGGUUCCAUUCGAGGUACAAAAGUCAAUUCUAGG